CUGUACCUCUCUCUGGUGCGUAUGAGAGUUUUGUGUGUGAAGAAGUGUCUGUCUGACCGAGCUCCAUCAGAUUUUAGGUAGUAGUUUUAAGGGAAUAGUUUCCAAAUAAUUCAGCAAAAAGACAAUGACUUCCUUGCAACACGUGAAUCUCAGAGUGAGGGGGAUCAGAGACUCACCACACAGUAGACUGCAGAGUCUGGCUGCAGAUAUCACACAACAGAUCGCACUGGGGGCGCAGAAACCCUUCAAAGAGGUGAUCGAUGUCAGCUCAGGUGAUCCCCACAAUGCAGGAAUGAAGCCCGUCUCAUUAGUUCGCCAGGUCUUGGCAGUGUGUCUGUACCCUCAGCUGCUGAAAGACAACAAUCUUCCUCUGGAUGUCAGGCAGAGGGCUCAGAGGCUCCUGGAGGUCUGUGAUGGAGGAAGUGUGGGUUCCUAUACAGACUCCUCUGGCAUGCCUCACGUCAAACAAAGCAUCGCUGAGUUCAUCAUGAGACGAGACGGUGGAGUGCCUUCACACGCCAAAGACGUCUUCAUUUCUGCCGGUUCUCAAAGGGCCCUGACGGUGGGUGUGAAGUUGCUGGCCAGUGGCGAGGGGGAGACUCCGACAGGCGUGCUGACCCCAACGCCCUGCCCGCACACCCUGCCCAUGCUGCUGGACGAGGCCGGGGUGACGCCGGUGCCGUACCAGCUGAUGGAGGACCGAGGCUGGGCUUUAGACCUGGACGAGCUGCACCGAGCUUUGAAGACCUCCAGAGGGCGCUGUAAGCCCAGAGCCAUUUACAUCAGCAACCCAGGAAACCCCACAGGUCAUGUGCAGGACAGGAAGUCGAUACAGGAAGUGAUUCAGUUUGCAGCAGCUGAGAGGCUCUUACUGUUGGUUGAUGAGGUGUACCAGGACAGCGUGUAUGGACGGGGCAGAGAGUUUAAGUCCUAUAAGAAAGUCCUGUUUGAGAUGGACAAAGAGUUCUCAGAGACAGUGGAGAUGAUCUCCUUCCACUCUCUAUCCAGCGCCUGCGUGGGAGAGUGUGGUCUGAGGGCAGGAUACAUGGAGGUGGUCAACAUGGACCCAGAGGUGAUGCAUUUUGUCGACACUAUGCUGUGCAGCGAUAUCAGUGCUCCAGUCACAGGACAACUUGCUCUGGAUAUCAUGGUCAACCCACCGAAACCUGGAGACCCUUCCUAUGGCACGUACACACAGGAGAUUCUCCUCACGCGGGCCUCUUUGUCCCAGAAUGCUCAGCGGGCUCAGGAGUUCCUGAGCGAUCUACCAGGGAUGAGCUGUCAGCCGGUGAUGGCGGGAAUCUACCUGUAUCCCCGCCUGCAUUUACCAUCUGAGAUUAUAGAGCAGGCCAAGAUAUUGGAGGUGGAGGCAGAUGUUCUGUACUGUCAGAGGUUACUGGAGGAAGAAGGAGUGUUUGUAGGAGCUGGAUGUCAGUAUGGUGAAACAACUGGCAAACACCAUCUGAGGUUAUGUAUCCUUGUUCCUCCCAACACCCUGGAGGAGGUCCUGGCUCGCCUUGGUUCCUUUCAUCUACGUCUUAUGGAUGCACUUUCUCACCCUGACAAAGCUGUGAGGGACUGA